AUGGCCGAUCUACACCUCUCCGGCGAUCGCUUCCACAUUCGCCCUGCGAAGAAGGAAGAUGCAGAAGCAAUGACCGGCGUCUACUAUAAUAGUGAGGCCCUUGACAUUACUGCCAUGCCGAAGACCGCCGAAGUUCCUAACACGCAUGCAAUCCACCAGUGGUGGAAUGACGCCUGGCGUAUAGGACUCGACAACCCCACAGAUCGCACUUUCGUUGUCGAAGACACACAAAACGACAACAAGAUCGUGGGCUUCAGUCGUUGGAUGGUGCCGCAGCAGGAUGGUAAUCUAGAGCGCAAGUGGCCCGAAGUCAAGGACGACGAAUGGGACAUGGAAGUCGCGGGUGCGUUCUUCGGUGGCAUGGAGGAGAACCGCCAUGAAUUGAUGGGCACGAAGCCACAUUGGAUGCUUGAAAUGCUUGGUGUGGACCAAGAGUGCCAGGGACAGGGAAUCGCAGCACGCCUGAUUAAAUGGGGCACCGACCAGGCCGACGCCGCGGGCCUCGAGUCCUACCUCGACGCCUCCGAAAAGGGCUUGCCAUACUACAAGAAGAGACAUGGGUUUGGUGCGAGGGAGAAAGCCGUCGAGAUUCCGAAAAAAGAACCGUAUGGCAAGUACGAUUAUAUGAGCAUUGUUCGCGCACCGCAGUCGAAGAAGUAA